UCAGUUUGGUCUAUGCAUGGUUUGAUUCUAGCCACUAUCAGCCAUCCUGCACUAUCUGUCGACUACACGCGUACGACUUGCACACGACGUUGCAGCUAGACCCAGCCGUGGUUAGAACCGUUCGUGCUCGCAUUUGUGGAGUGCCACAGUUCCGCCUAGGUGACGGAUGAGGUUUGCGGUGUGGCAAGAAGCUGACGAUGAUGAGAGCAGCAUGAACGAGCUUGGAGGAGGAAGGUGGCAUUGCGGGGAAGAAAGCGUGGAGAUGGCACAAUGGAUGCAAGCUCGGGCUAGAUCGUGGUAGCCCGACGUGGAGUUGGGCCACCUUUUUCUAGUCUAAUUAUUACCAGCACAGCCAGUGUAGAAGAGUGGACGUCGAGAGCACUGUCCAAGUUUCCAGUCAGAGGUGCCGGAAGCCAGCAGCAAAAUGGCCGAGAAGAGGCACUCUCAUCUUUCAAGGUUUCGCAGGAGGGCGGCUGAGUUGGCGGUGCACUGCACAGCUGCAAGGGGGAGGCCAUGCCACAUCGUAAAGUACCUCCCGGGCGUGAACGCACUGCUGAACAAAUUGAAUGCCGAAGUGAACGAGGUCUCGCCUGGCAGGCUCUUUCUGUGCCAGGCGAUGGGCAUUGGCAGCAGGAUGAAAGAUUUCGAGGAUGUAUCUGCAGAGGAAGGUGUUAUCUUCCUCGAUUCCUUGCUGAGGAACCACUGCUGCGUAGAAGCUGUUGAGUUCAAGCCUCAUUUGAGGCACAAGUCGGCGCUGGUCAUCUGCGAUGCCCUGUGUUACAACGAGUUCCUGACCUGCCUGCGGGUGCACCACGCUUCCCUAAGCCACAAGGCCACGCUGUCUCUGCUCACUGCUGUGUGCCGCUUGCUGAACAUGCAGCUGCGCGAGCUGUCUCUAGAGAAACUCAAUAUUUCUCUUAUGCCGGAGCCACCAGACAACGUCAUGUCAGAGCCAGCAGACAAGGUCACGUCAGAGCCACCGGACAAGUUCACGUUGGAGCCACCAGACAACAUCAUGUCGGAGCCACCAGACACCAUCAUGAUGGAGCCAUCAGGCAACUUCAUGCCGGAGUCACUAGAGGACAUCAUGCAGGAGUCACUAGAAGACAUGCCGAAGGCACUACAUGACUUCAAGUGGGCACUUGCCAGUACGCAGAGCCUCACAACACUGACGCUUCUGAACAUCCGCGAGUGUAUCCCUACUGCAAAGACAAACGUUUUGACUGUGGCCCUGACUGGUCUACAGGCCAAUUGCAGUGUCACCAGCCUGAAAGUGGACACUAGUUACUGCAAUGGGAUGAAAGCGCUGAGGAAUCUUCUCGCCAGCACACAGACUUUAGCUGAGCUGCAUGUCUACUGCACCUCUGAGUGCGACUCUGCGUGCACGGACUGGCUCUUCAAUGCUUUGGAAACCAACAGUUCUGUGAAGAGGCUCACCCUCCGCAAGUUUGCCGUGAAGGACAUGUGGUCGUUCAUGGAUCUCUUGGAUGUCAACAAAAACCUGGAGGACGUGAGCUUCUACGCCUGUCCCCGCACUGAAAUGGAGAUGAAAGGUGACCCGAAGACACUAGACACUUAUCAGGGUUUCGAAGGUUGCAUGGAUGCUGUGGUCAAGGCACUCAAGAGGGGGACGUCCCUGCGCCGCUUGACCCUGGACUGGCCAUGCACGCCCCACAUGGUGUAUUGUCUCCUGGCAGCAUCCAAGAGCUCCCCAUCACUUCGAGAGUUGCACUUGGGCGAUGUCAUCAUCGAUGAUGCAGAUUUCCUGCAUGGGGUGUUCGUCUACACCCAAACAGACGUCGCUGUGACCGCAGCAAGGUGUACAUCUAGCAACGGCACCAUGAAUAAGCUGAUUCCUCUUUGGGAGCCCGAAGACACAGGGAACUUUGUAGACUGCCUGUACAGCGCCGACCUGAGAGAAGUUGGCCGUGCAUUGUCAUUGUACGGCGAGGACUACGUGACCUCACUGAGCCUCCGGGUUGACGAGAAUUCCAGCUCAAUCGCAGUUUAUGCACUCUCACGCUACCUGACCUCUACACCCAAGCUACGAGAGCUCCAGCUGUGGCUGGGCGCGAUAUCACGAGACUUGCAGCAAGUGCUCCUCCAAGGCUUUCAACAGAAUGUCAGCAUAGAGCGUCUCUGCAUUUUCGGAAAUGAGGACCUUUGCAUCCCUGAGGAUAUACAGAGCUCGCUGUUCACCUGGAUGGCGAAUAGCAAGCUGCUCUACAACAUCAAUGUGGAGAUGCACAAAUACGAAACUACACAUCUGCUGGGGGUACUCGCUGCAUCAGAUCGCCGAAACCGCGUCCUCACAUCCCUGACCUUUAAGAAAUGUUGGGCCGAUGAGUCGGUCCUUGAGACCACCUUCAAAAUGAUCCGUCGCAAUCGCAAGCUGCUGCGGUUUGCUGCCGCUUUCGUUCAUGGGGAGAUGGACAAGCACGCACUCCAUGCCUACAAUAUCAUCCACUGGCACCCUCAGCUCCCAGAGGUUGUGCAGAACAUGGGGUGCAGCGAUCGAGCUGUGGCCGAACAGAUGAUCCUGGAGGCUGCCAAGCGACGUCGAAGAGAUUGUCAUCAUUCUCUGCCGCCUGGCGUGACAAAUAUGGGACACGUUCGUCGCCGAAGUCGGCGGCGCAGCUCUUGUCGAGGUCAGCGGCAUCGUCGUGCCAGCUCACCACAAUUCUGCUAAGACCAGAUCCCACUGUGCGUGAGAUCGGCAUGACCGUAAAGCCAAUGGUCCGACCAGUAUCUGGCCUCCAAGGAGUAAACGAGCGGAGAAGGAACCACAACCCAUCAUGCCAUCGUCAUCACGCUCAUGUAAUUCCAUUGUCAUCAUGUUUUGGUAAUACUGCCAUAUUCAUCACUCUGUCAUGAUCUCUAUUGUCAUUAAACACACCUAUCGAUGUCAGCAGUAUACUGUGGAA